ACACGUCACAUGAGCCUGCGCUGGAUUGUACAGAUAGUGGGGACCAGAACAGGAGCUCAGGCUGGGCCCCAGGGAAACUUCCCACCCUCAUUCCCCACUUCUUCAGCAACCUGUAUCCUUGAAAUAAGCACUUAAUCUGUCUCCACCCCCACCUCCCACUCCCACUCCCUCCCACCCUUGUCACCUUGUCUCAUUUUCACAUUUUUCUCCCCUCCUGAAAAGACCCUCAGAGAUGGGGCUCCAUCCAGAAGUGCCAAUCUGUGCCCACUCUUGGAUCUGGGCACUAAGGCACAGCUUCCCUCUAACUCGUAUUGACUCAUAACAUCCCCCCUAAGCAGAGGAUGACACUUGGGGUGGUCAGAGCAGUGACCAAAGGAAGCACUAGGGGCUGUAAGAGCCAGAAGAAGGCUUUUAACUCAGACUGGGAGUCAAGUAAGUCUUCCUGGAGGAGGAGACACCUGAGCUAAGCCCCAACAGAAAUGGGUGGGCCACGGAUUUUUAGAUGUGGAGUUUAGGCUCCAUCUGAAUCCCUAAGCCCCAGAGCCUUUCUGAGCCUCUGAACCUUCACUUUGGACCCUGCAGUUCCCUAGGGAGAGGGCUUGGAUUCCUGGGCCCAAACUGUAGGAGACUUUGAAGCUGGAAAUGAUGGAUUCUCAGAGGCCCUUCCUGCUUGAGGAGGAGCUGGUAGCCAAGGAGAGCAUGUGUGGGUAAGACAAAGGUGAGGUGUUCUCUGUCCUCACCUCGGCCUGACCCCCCAGAUUCUUUCCUCUUGGAGGCUCCUCUCCCUAGGUCUUCUCAGGCUUCCUGCUCUUCUCCUUUCACAUAUUCUCUCUGGAGAAUUCUAUUUCCUGGCUUAUAACCACCUUCCUGUCUUGAGGAUGCCCCAGUUGGCCAUCUCUAGUCUCGAUUCAUUCAUUGCACCAAGUGUUUAUUGAGGAUGUACUAUGCCAGGCUCUAGGGGAGACCAUAGGGAGCCAAGCAGACAUGCUUCUUGACCUCGUGGAGCUGAAGUCUAGUAGAGGAGACAGAUGACAAAUACCAAGUGACACAUGUGAUGAACUAAUGGAGACUUUCCUGAUGGCCUAAGUAAAGGUCACUCUUCCUCCUUGUUUCCAUCCAAAGCACCUCCCAAGUCCCUCAUAGCACUUAUCACUAUUGCAAACAGGUGUUUAUUUGUUGCUUGUUUAUGUCUGCUUUUCAAAGUGGAAUGCAAGCUCCUGAGAAUUUGUCUGUCAGAUUACGUGUUUGUUUUGCUGACCAUUGUCUCUCCAGUGUCUAGAAUGCUAUCUAGCCUGCGGUAGGUGCUCAGUGAAUGCUUGUUAAUGAAGGAUGGAAUGAAGAAGAAAGGAAAGGAGGGAAGGGGAAAAGGGGCAAAAAACAGAGAACUAAGUUAGAGAAAGUGAGGAAGGGAUUUUUUUUUUUUUUAAGAUUUUGUUUAUUUAUUUGACAGAGAGAGAGACAGCGAGAGAGGGAACACAAGCAGGGGGAGCGGGAGAGGGAGAAGCAGGCUUCCCGCAGAGCAGGGAGCCCGAUGCGGGACUCGAUCCCAGGACCCCGGGAUCAUGACCUGAGCCGAAGGCAGACGCUUAACGACUGAGCCACCCAGGUGCCACCAGGAAGGGAUUACUUUUAACCAGAUAGUCAGUCUCUGUGAAUAUGUAACGUCUAAGUUGAGACUCGGAAGGUUGAGGAAAGAAAACAGCCAGGCAAAGAGCCUGAGGAGAGCAUUGUGGGCAGAGGAAACAGCAAGUGCAAAGGCCAGGAUGUAGGAAGGAGCUUGGCAUAUUGAACGAAAGGAAAGAAGGCUAGUAGGGCUGGAUUAGGGUGAGUAAAGGGGAGAGUAGUAGGAGAUGAGGUCAAAGAGGAAAUACGUGCCACGUCAUGAAGGGCAUUGCAGGUCACAAAGAGGGCAUAUAGAUUUUAAGGGCCUAUAACCCCCUUGUAUCCUCUUGACAUUUGGACCUGGAUUUCUCUCAGGCACUUCAAAUUUAUCACCCCCUGAAGCAGAAGCUGUGGAUGUGCUGCCCAUACCCACUCGGCCCACCUGGGAAGUCCUAUGUAGACAGUUAGUUCCCAGACACCUGGUCUCCCCAGCUGCUCCCCGAGUUUCUGUGUGAGGGUACUCUCGGGGGGAACAAGUGUGCUUCUGCCCCCAGCAGGUCUGAAGCGGGAGGGCGAGGUUCUGUGACCUUAGAGACAGGAACUGGUGAAUGAAUCCUCCAGCUUCCUGGCUCUGAGGGGUCAAUUCUGAGGUGUGUUCCCCCAGUGUCUCAAAGAGGCCCCGCUGGGAUUGUUCAUAGUGGCAACCUUUUAAUCAACAUGCCCCUUAUUGGCUUUUCUUCUUUCUUUGUCUCACUUCCUUCCCGGGGUCACCUCCUCAGGAAAGUCCUUGCACCCAAUUCUCAUCUUCGGGUCUGCUUUGAAGGGACCCAAACUAAGACAUUCCUUAAUUAUAUUCCCCUAAAAUAUUGUUUUCUGUUUUCAUCUCAGGCAUGAACCCAACUUGUCAUAAUCAGACAUCCAAGUCUGGUCAAUUCUUCUAGAAAGGCAGAGGUACUGAUACUUAUCAAUACCCUCCCUUCUUCGGUUCAGCCCUGUGCUAAGCAAUGGGACUCCAGGGAUGAAUCAGGCCACUUCCUGCUUGUGGGUAAUCUCUAGUCUGUUGGGAAGGCAGACCUGGACCCAGUUGAGGACAACACAAUGUGCUCAUAACUGUAUCCGAAAAGUCAGAGAAGCCUUUCCUGGAGAGUUGACAUGGGCUGGGUACUGAAGGUUACCUCUGAGAGGUAUGAGUGGGCCAUCUGGGAGGCAGAGAGGCACUCUAAGCAGAAUGCACAGCUUAGGCAAAAGUUUGGGUGUGUGAGAAUACAGGGGCUGGGCCGGGCAAGGGAGUUGGAGGGAAAUGUGGUAUCACCCCCGGUUUGGUGUGGAGGAGCAAGGGGAAGGGUGGGCAAGAGUCAGGGGAUGACAGGCCUUGAACAUGAGGCUGAAGAGCUCCUACUUCCUUUAGUCUGAUGGGAAGCUAGGAGGGGUUUCUGAGCAGGGGAGUGACACUGUCAGAUUUGGGUUUGCAAAUGAUUCCUCUGGAUUAGUCAAAACCAGGAGGCUGGCUCAGCCAUGCUCCCUAGGUCAAGGCUGAAGGGUAAGCAUGGGUGAAAGGAGUAAUUUUGAGCCCAGGUCACUGGGGAAGGGGUGGGGGCUAAGGCCCAGGAAGGAGUGCUCCUGAACUUGAAAGUGUCUGCUCCACAGGACGAGUUUUCGGCCUUGAUGAGACCUGAUUCAGCUAAACAAAGCUGGGGAGGGGGGACAAGACCUAUGGGACUUGUCGGCUCACUGCCCCUGAGGUAACCAUUAAUCCCUCCCUUGAGGAAAUCCACGGGCUGGUCCCUUGAGGGACAGAUCCUAGGCAGAAUGGAGGAACACACAGAGGCAGGCUCCGUACCGGGACUGGGAAACCAGAGGGUUUUAAUUAACAACUCUGCUGACAUCCUGGUCAUUGCUGCUUAUUUCCUGCUGGUCAUUGGUGUCGGCUUGUGGUCCAUGUGCAGAACCAACAGAGGCACUGUCGGCGGCUACUUCCUGGCAGGACGAAGCAUGGUGUGGUGGCCGGUCGGGGCCUCCCUCUUUGCCAGCAACAUCGGCAGUGGCCACUUCGUGGGCCUGGCAGGGACUGGUGCUGCAAGCGGCUUGGCUGUGGCUGGAUUUGAGUGGAAUGCGCUGUUCGUGGUGCUGUUACUGGGCUGGGUCUUCGCACCAGUGUACCUGACCGCGGGCGUCAUUACCAUGCCGCAGUACCUGCGCAAGCGCUUCGGAGGCCACCGUAUCCGCCUCUACCUGUCAGUGCUCUCGCUUUUUCUGUACAUCUUCACCAAGAUUUCGGUGGACAUGUUCUCCGGGGCAGUAUUCAUUCAACAGGCUCUGGGCUGGAACAUCUAUGCCUCUGUCAUCGCCCUCCUGGGCAUCACCAUGAUCUACACUGUGACAGGAGGGCUGGCGGCGCUGAUGUACACAGAUACCGUGCAGACCUUCGUCAUUCUUGGGGGGGCCUUCAUCCUCAUGGGUUACGCCUUCCACGAGGUGGGCGGGUACUCGGGGCUUUUCGACAAAUACUUGGGGGCAAUGACGUCGCUGACGGUUUCCGAGGAUCCGGCGGUGGGCAACAUCUCCAGUUCCUGCUAUCGACCCCGUCCGGACUCCUACCAUCUGCUCCGGGACCCUGUGACGGGGGACCUGCCGUGGCCGGCGCUGCUCCUGGGUCUUACCAUCGUGUCGGGCUGGUACUGGUGCAGCGACCAGGUCAUCGUGCAGCGCUGUCUGGCCGGGAAGAGCCUGACCCACAUCAAGGCGGGCUGCAUACUGUGUGGCUACUUGAAGCUGAUGCCCAUGUUCCUCAUGGUCAUGCCAGGCAUGAUCAGCCGCAUUCUUUAUCCGGACGAGGUGGCGUGCGUGGCGCCCGAGGUGUGUAAGCGCGUGUGCGGUACCGAGGUGGGCUGCUCCAACAUCGCCUACCCGCGCCUUGUUGUGAAGCUCAUGCCCAACGGUCUGCGCGGACUCAUGCUGGCCGUCAUGCUGGCCGCGCUCAUGUCCUCGCUGGCUUCCAUCUUUAACAGCAGCAGCACGCUUUUCACCAUGGACAUCUACACGCGCCUGCGGCCCCGCGCAGGCGACCGCGAGCUGCUGCUAGUAGGACGGCUCUGGGUGGUGUUCAUCGUGGCGGUCUCCGUGGCCUGGCUGCCCGUGGUGCAGGCAGCGCAGGGCGGGCAGCUCUUCGACUACAUGCAGGCCGUCUCCAGCUACCUGGCGCCCCCUGUGUCUGCCAUCUUCGUGCUGGCGCUCUUCGUGCCCCGCGUCAACGAGAAGGGUGCCUUCUGGGGACUGAUUGGGGGCCUGCUUAUGGGUCUGGCACGACUUGUUCCUGAGUUCUCCUUUGGCUCGGGCAGCUGCGUGCAACCCUCGGCGUGCCCAGCACUCCUCUGCGGCAUGCACUACCUCUACUUCGCCAUCGUGCUCUUCAUCUGCUCCGGCCUCCUCACCCUCGUCGUCUCACUGUGCACAGCACCCAUCCCACGCAAGCACCUCCACCGCCUGGUUUUCAGUCUGCGGCACAGCAAGGAGGAGCGAGAGGACCUGGAUGCUGAUGAGCCAGAAGGUCCCGCCUCCCCCCCUAUCCAGAAUGGGUGUCCAGAGCAUGCAGUGGACAUGGAGGAGCCCCAGUCCCCAGCUCCAGGCCUGGUCCGCAGGUGCCUGCUCUGGUUCUGUGGAAUGAGCGGGGCUGGGGCCGGUAGCCCCGCUGCCCCUACCCAGGAGGAGGUGGCUGCCGCAGCCAGGCGGCUGGAGGACAUCAGCGAGGACUCGAGCUGGGCCCGUGUGGUCAACUUCAAUGCCCUGCUAAUGAUGGCUGUGGCCACAUUCCUCUGGGGCUUUUAUGCCUGA